UAAUUAGUUGAAUUAGUUUAUUUGUGUUUUGGUUGCCUUACAUUCGUUUAUUAUUGUUAUUAUUGGUAUCAUUUUCUGUGUUUUGGGCACACGAGAACGCGCAUUAGUUUCAGCGGGUUAAUUGGAUUAAGCAAAAGGCAGAGGCAGCAACGGCAGUGGCAGCGGCAGCGGUAGAGUGUCAGUGUGUCUCGAUUGGAGGUCGGGAAGACAGAGUUGUUGAUCCCGGCUUCAAGCAAUGGCCACCACACAGCAAUACUCGUUGCGCUGGAACAACUACUUGAGACAUCUCACCUAUUCGCUGGACAAUCAUCGGCUGAACGAUGAUUUCGUCGAUGUCAGCCUGUGCGUGGAUGGGCGUCGAAUUAAGGCGCACAAAGUGGUGCUCAGCUCUUGUUCGUCCUACUUCAAGGAGAUAUUCAAAGAAAAUCCGCAUCCGCAUCCAGUCAUUAUAUUUAAGUUUAUCAAAUUCGAAGAUCUCAAUUCCAUAGUCGAGUUUAUGUAUCAGGGCGAGGUGAACGUGCAACAAGAGGCACUACAAUCGUUUCUACAAACUGCCGAGCUGCUCGCCGUGCAGGGCCUCACGGCCGAGGAGAAGGAGAAGCCGCAGAUGCCGGUGGUGCCGCUUAUUAGCGAGCACAAGCUCAUCAAGACAAUACCCAGCACAAUACGCGCCGUCAAUGAGCAACAGCAACAGCAGCAGCAGCAGCAGCAACAUCAGGGCAAUACGCAAACUAUCGAAAUACCAACGGCCACGCUGUUGCAGGCAACGGCAACGGCAACGCAAGUACAAACGCAGGUGGCUGCUGCUGCGGCUGCUCAACUGCAGGUGCAGCAAACCCAACAGCAACAGCAGCAACAACAGCAGCAGCAACAACAACAGCAGCAGCAGCAGCACCAUCAUGUACAAAGCACCCAGAUACAGCACAUUCAAGUACAGGCAGCGCCGCCUCAGCAACAACAGCAACAGCAGCAGCAGCAGCAACAACAACAGCAGCAACAGCAACAGCAGCAACAACAACAUCCACAACAGGCCGCAGCGCAGGCGCAGCACCUGACUAUCACCAACACGGUAUCAUUGCCAGCUGCGAAUACCGUUAAGAAACGAAAGAUCACCUUCUCGGACGAUGAUGACAACAUGUACACCACCGAAACAGUCGACUACGCCGUCAAGGACGAACAGACCAUUGUGAAAACUGCUGAGAUGACAUUUUUGCGCGGUGCCGUUAAAAUGGAUAUACCCGAUUAUAUAGUUAGCGAGGUAGACGAUCGACUCUCUGAUGGCGCGACGCCGCAAACUUCACAGGAUGCAACGACGGCGGCCGCACAGACUGUCGCACAAUACUCAUCCGAAUACGAGAUUCUGACCGAGUCCGAGAUCGAGGAGAAGUAUCAAGCAGAUCCCGACAAUGCGGAAAUUGCCAUCGAGAUGACUCGCCUGCUGGGCACAGCGAGCGGUGCGACAGCCACGGCCACCGCCCAGGCGGUGCUCGAAGAUCCCAGCGCUGCGACGACAGGUGCCACAACCACCGUCUCUGUGACACCAGUCAAAACGGACAGCAAAGCCAGCGGCACGAAUGGUAAGUUCUCUAGUUAGUGGAGGAUAAGUAUCC